GGAGACGCUGGUUGCUUCUUUGUGGACCUGAAACUAACUCGCCACUACCCGUAGAUACCGCUGGAAAAUCCUAUAGUGCCCAGAUCCUGACCCUGCCACCCCCGUCAAAAGGCGUUACUUUCUCUUGCGUUCCCACUGUUUUCCUCCUUGCUCAGACGAGCGGUUAAAUCUACGAACCUGGAGCCAUUUCACCGUCGUCGUGCUCCUCUUCCUCCUCCUCACAAUAACCUGGACGACCGCCUUACGUCCACCAUCAAGUCUUGCAGGAUACUGUCGCACACUACCUCGUUUGUAGAGGCUAGUUUCCUCUGCUUCAUCUCCACCCUCUUCGAGCCACCUUAACGGUCAUUUCUUCGAGCAACCUGAAACAGCAAAGAAUAGAUAGAGGAGAGAAACGAAAGGAAAAUCAAGGCAGGAUUCAAACAAGACCAAGAUACAAGUCCUCUUCAGCAUGGGACAACAGCAAUCGAAGAAUGUGUCCCGGUCAAAUGGGGGAGGAUUGCAGGUCGAAGGCUUACAAGCGUAUCCUUCAAUCUCAAAAUCCGACACAAAGGACUCCAGCCGUUCCAUCCGUGGCUCGAUUCGUUCCAAGAUACCAGGAAGUGGCAGGAGUGAUAAGACGGACAGCCCAAGGGCCUCUAAUGGAACCCUUGCGCGCUCAGACAGUGCUCCUCCCGAAGGGUUAGACGCUGCCUUUGCUCGCUCUUCUAUUUCGCGACAUGCCCGCAACCUCUCUGGCUCUUCCUUGCCAAUUCCACCAGUCAGCUCACAGGACGAUUUGCAGGAUGAAGCGCCAAACCCACCACCUUCCCCUCCACACUCAUCAUCAAUCGGUCGUGGCCACAAGGAUGUCAAGGCCGCACAAAAAUCCGGAGAAGUUGACCACGUGUCCGAUGCUGGUCCGCAACAUGUUGCUCCAACGACCGUUGCUCAAAAGGCCGGCGAGUCCAUCCUGAUUAAGAGAGAGAAUUCUCUCAACCCCGUCUUGAACGAGUCCGGCGCCAGGUCGGUAAUAGACCAGAAUGGGACUAACGGAUCCCCCGGCAUGACUAUCGGAGCGCUCAAGUCUAUCGAUGUUGACGAUAUGAUAACGCGACUCCUUGAUGCUGGCUAUUCCACCAAAGUCACGAAAGCAGUGUGCCUCAAAAACGCUGAAAUCAUUGCCGUCUGCACCGCUGCUCGCGAACUUCUUUUGACGCAGCCAGCUUUACUCGAGCUCUCAGCGCCAGUGAAGAUCGUCGGCGAUGUUCAUGGCCAAUACACUGACCUAAUCAGACUUUUCGAAAUGUGUGGAUUCCCUCCAAAUUCUAACUAUCUUUUCCUUGGUGACUAUGUCGACAGAGGGAAACAAUCUCUAGAGACUAUCCUUCUCUUACUCUGCUACAAGCUUAAAUACCCCGAGAAUUUCUUCCUACUUCGCGGAAAUCAUGAGUGCGCCAACGUUACACGCGUUUACGGUUUCUACGAUGAGUGCAAACGACGAUGCAAUAUUAAGAUUUGGAAAACAUUCGUCGAUACAUUUAACUGCCUUCCCAUCGCCGCUAUUGUUGCCGGCAAGAUAUUCUGCGUUCAUGGUGGCCUCUCUCCCAGCCUGUCUCACAUGGACGAUAUCCGCGGUAUUGCUCGACCAACUGACGUUCCUGAUUAUGGACUAUUGAAUGAUCUACUAUGGAGCGAUCCAGCGGAAAUGGAAGAGGACUGGGAGCCUAACGAACGAGGCGUAAGUUAUUGCUUUGGUAAAAAGGUCAUUAUGGAAUUCCUGCAGAGACACGACUUCGACCUUGUUUGUCGCGCACACAUGGUUGUCGAGGACGGGUAUGAGUUCUUUAACGAUCGCAUCCUUGUCACUGUAUUUUCUGCUCCUAAUUAUUGCGGCGCAUUCGACAAUUGGGGAGCCAUUAUGUCCGUCUCUGACGAACUCCUCUGCAGUUUCGAGCUGCUCAAGCCUCUCGAUUCAAGUGCUCUGAAGAACCACAUAAAGAAAGGCAGAAAUAAACGAAACAACGUUCUCAACAGUCCAGUAAGUUCCCACACUUCAUUGCCGUGGACUGUUAAUCCGUUUCUCACAACGGCAAAUUGUAUCUAUGAUAUAAAUACUAACUCCCUUCCCUCCAGCCUGCUAUGGUUUCUGCCCAAAGUUAUUGAGAGUGAAUCAAGAUACCCUACCUACUAUUUACACCCGCUAGAGGUCUACUCUUAGCUGUCGUACGCGAGAGAGGGAAUUCAAGAGCCAGACGCUUCUUAUUUUCUUCCACUAAUUGCUGGCCUUUUCAGCCUCGCACACUCUUCUUCCUCGUGCUACAAACAAUUUACAAGGGUUGGGGAUUUAUUGCGUGUGCCUACGUUAACAAACACGCGGCCUGAAACGGGACGGAUAACUAAUACCGAUGCUGCGAUUUCUGAAGCAAUACCAGCCGCCGUUUUUAUCCUAACUCAGCCAAUCCAUACUCCAUGGCAAGGACAAGAACCCAUGCCAUACCAUGCCAUGUCAUGCUGUCUUGGACCAACCGACACCCGCAUGACUCGCCAGCCUCCCAUGAAACCAAAAAAGAAUGCCCGACCAGCCAAUCAUUAACGAUUCCGCAAGGCUCGCUUUCCCAGGCCUAGGUGCCUUAGCAGCACACCAUUUCUGGCUUUCCACGCUUCCUAGGAUCUUACUUUUCGCCUCUUUUUCCCUGUAAUUAUUGGACGUAUCUACAUGCACAAGACUGGGAGAGCUUGAUGUAUUUUUUGUAGCGACAUGACCAUUUUUUUUUUUUUUUUUUUUCUUGACGCUUUGCUCGGCUUUCAUCUGUUUAAUUGAUGUGAUGAUAGCCGGUGUCAGAAGCGAAGGGACUGUAAUAUUUGCAUCCAUUAAGGCCCCCAUGGCUUGUUCUUUUGCUCUUUGAUGUGUUCAAUGAGACUUCGUUUGCUCUAUUCUACUUUAUCAUGACUUUUUCUGUUAUGCUCUUCGUGCUUUCGUAUUGUCUCCUGUUUAUACCUAAUACCAUCUCUUUACUGUUUAUUAUACCUGGCUCGGUUUUAU